AGAUGGCGGCUCCGCGGUGGGACCUGGGCCCGGCCCGAGAACCCCUGGGGCUGAUCCGGGCCCUGCAGGGGUUUUUCUCCGUCUUCGCCUUCGCCACCCUCGGGGGGUUCCAGGGCUCCGUCCGCUUCCGCCUCAGCUGCGCCGGGAGCCCCAACACCUCCGUGAGCGCCCCCUUCGCCUACCCCUUCCGGCUCAACCUGGCCCCAUUCACGCCCUCCUUGCCCACCCUCUGUAACCACACCUGGGCCUCUGACGUCCACCUCAUUGGGGACUUCUCCUCCUCGGCCCAGUUCUUCGUGGUCGUCGCCGUCUUCUCCUUCCUCUACAGCCUGGGCUCGCUCCUGCUCUACCUGGGCUACCUGCACCUCUAUAGGGGCACGGGGGGCAAGCUGCCCCUAGUGGACUUCCUGGCCACGGCGGCCUUCUCCUUCCUAUGGCUGGUGGCCUCCUCGGCUUGGGCCAAGGCAUUGGCGGACCUCAAGGCCUCGGUGAUGGCCCCAUUGCCCCAUUGCCACCCCCCCGUUGUCACCUGCACCCGGGACACCCCCACCCCUAUGGGGGCCCUCAAUGUGUCUGUGGUCUUUGGGUUCCUCAACCUCAUCCUUUGGCUGGGGGGCUCUUGGUUCGUCUUCAAGGAGACCCAUUUCCACCCUCCACCAGUAACCACCAGUACCACCAGCAUGUAA